AUGGCUUCUACAUCGUUCGAGGCUCUGAAUCCGCAGAGAACUUUCGUUUUGGAAAAGCGAGUCAAGAAAGCCCGCAAAGUGCGCCGACAAGCGGUGCAAAAUAUUGUCAGGCGAAAAAUUAGCCGGAAAGAUUUGAAGGAUUUGAAAUAUUCGCAGUUUGAAAAGCUGUAUGAGUUGUGGUGCGAUUACUACAGCACGUUGGUUGGGACGUGCAGUGCGCGCUGUGAUGCUCGUGUGCUGAGGGCAGAUUACCACGGUUGCUUAUUGCUAGUUAUCGAAGCUGAUAAUCCUGAUCAAAUCGGUAUCUGUGGCAUUGUGGUUCGCGAGACUCGACAGACCUUCAUGCUGAUCACUAAACAGGAUCGUGUGCUCAUCAUCCCGAAGCAGGGCACCAUAUUUCAGUUCGCGCUUGAAGGCAAAAUCUAUUUUUUAUUUGGCAACGCAUUCAGAUUUCCAGCUUCCUUACGAGCCAAGAAAAUUUUACGCAAUCGUUCUUCAAUACCAUUCUUCUUAAGAUGA